AUGGAGCGCUCCCCGCCCGACGGACCGCUGAGCGCGUCGGGGGCGCUGGCAGGCGAGGCGGCGGCGGCGGCGGGCGGAGCGCGCGGCUUCUCCGCCGCCUGGCCCGCGGUGCUGGCGGCGCUCAUGGCGCUGCUCAUCGUGGCCACGGUGCUGGGCAGCGCCUUCGUGGCCGAUUCGAGCCUCCGCACGCAGAACAGCUUCUUUCUGCUCAAACUCGCCAUCUCCGACUUCCUCGUGGGGGCAUUCUGCAUCCCACUGUACGUGCCCUACGUGCUGACUGGCCGCUGGCCCUUUGGCCGGGGCCUCUGCAAGCUGUGGCUGGUGGUGGACAACCUGCUCUGCACCUCCUCUGUCUUCAAUAUCGUGCUCAUCAGCUAUGACCGCUUCCUGUCGGUCACCCGAGCCGUCUCCUACCGGGCCCAGCAGGGCGACACGCGGCAGGCAGUGAGGAAGAUGGUGCUGGUGUGGAUGCCGGCCUUCCUGUGCUGCGGACCCGCCGUCCUCAGCUGGGAGCACCCGUCGGGGGCACUCCUCGUCACGGCCUCCGCCCUCGAGCUCGUCACGCCCUUCCUCAGCGUCACCUUCUUCAACCUCAGCAUCUACCUGAACAUCCAGAGACGCGCCCGUGUCCGGCUGGACGGGGCACACGAUUGCUGGCAAAAGGGGUGUGGGGAGGCUGUGCCGCUGCACAGGCGCGGGGUGUGGGGCGGCGAGGCAGCCCCAGGCGCCGCGGCCUCGCCCACCUCCAGCUCUGGCAGCUCCUCGAGGGGCGCCGAGCGGCCGCGCUCACUCGAGCGGGGCUCCAAGCCGUCCGUGUCCUCGGCGUCCUUGGAGAAGCGCACGGAGAUGGUGUCCCAGAGCAUCGCCCAGCGCUUCCGGCUCUCGCGGGACAAGAAGGUGGCCAAGUCGCUGGCCGUCAUCGUGAGCACCUUUGGGCUCUGCUGGGCCCCGUACACGCUCCUCAUGAUCACCCGGGCUGCCUGCCACGGCCCCUGCGUCCCCGACUACUGGUACGAGACGUCCUUCUGGCUGCUGUGGGCCAACUCAGCCAUCAACCCUGUCCUCUACCCGCUGUGCCACUAUGGCUUCCGCCGGGCCUUUACCAAGCUGCUCUGCCCGCUGCAGCCCCCCAGCUCCCUGGAGCACUGCUGGAAGUGA